GACUCGUACGAGGCGUGCCUCAGCUCUCGAAGAUCCUACGAAUCCCUCCAAUCUCUUCCUUCCUAAAAAAUUAUCUAGACCUAGGAAAUAGUGGGGUACACAGAGAGAGAGGAGAUGUCUUUAACGUGUGUGAAAAUGUCGGAACAUGUGUGGCUAACAUGUGUGGCGCAUGCAUUGUCCACAGAGACCGAAGAGAUCAUGGGUCUUCUUCUCGGUGAUAUUGAGUACUCUAAGAAUGGGAGUGUAACUGCACUUAUUUGGGGAGCAUCACCGCAAACACGCUCUGAUCGCAGAAAGGACCGUGUGGAGACUAAUCCUGAACAGUUGGCUGCUGCAUCAGCUCAGGCUGAGAGAAUGACCACGUUGACUGGAAGAACAACAAGAGUAAUUGGGUGGUAUCAUUCGCAUCCUCAUAUUACAGUUCUUCCUUCCCAUGUUGAUGUACGAACUCAGGCGAUGUAUCAACUUCUAGAUUCUGGGUUUAUCGGGCUGAUAAUUUCCUGUUUUAGUGAAGAUGUAAACAAGGUUGGAAGAAUCCAAGUAAUUGCUUUCCAAUCCUCAGACGGGAAGCAGAAUCAUGUGUCAAGACCUAUAUCUCUAUCCCCUGUAAAUAGAAGUUCAAUUAUAGAUGUUGAAUCAUCUUUAAGUUCCUCAGAAAAUGCAUCAGCAAAAUCCAGCUCUGCAAGGGUAGAGAGUCCUGAACAAGACACUGGCGAUUCUACAACUGCCGGAGGUAUUAAGGGUGGUGGAAGAUCUGCGGACUUGGGAGUUCUCUUUGCGCAUGCGGAUGCUGAUUAUAUAGGGAGGAAAAGGAUGGGAGGACGCUACCAUGCUGAUAGUUCAGAAAAUGUUGUUGAUAUAGACCCCAUGGAUAUGUCUGAGAGCAUGCAAGAGGCUAUGCACCGUUCAAAUUUGGAUGUGAGAGGUGCAGAGCAUGUCAGGAAAGAAAUUCCUCUUCAUGUUUUGUCAACGUCAUCCCUUAUUGAGCUUGAGUCUCCUCUAAUGUCAUUUACGGACUUGCAGCAUGUGCUAUAUGAAGAGGAGCAGGCAGCAUAUAACCAAGCUGUAUCGCAAAAUGCUAGGGAUGGGAAAGUGCAUCCUCUUACUUUCAUACAUCACACCUCAACUUAUCAGGCUUCCAUGUGCAAAUUAAUGGAAUAUUGUUUAAGUCCUGCCAUAAAUGCACUCAGGGACCGCUUGAAAGAGAAUGAGAUUCAGUUAGCAAAGUUGAUCAGUGAAUCCAAAAGUUUAGAGGCAGAGGGUCUUAGAGUGGGUGAAUCAAGUUCAGGAUCUCCUCGUCAAAUUCCGUAUCAUGAUCUUCGUGGAAAUGCUGUGUUUGGUAACAGGGACUUGCACAGUUCAGCUGAACCGAUUAGCAUGAAGCCAAGUGUUGCUGGUCCUGGUAGCCGGAGCAGAAAAGGGUCUCGCUGAAAUCUGAAAACACAGCGUCUUCUCAAUGCAUGUUGUGUUGUGUAUUUAAAUGUAGAAACUUAGAAGCGAAAAAAAAAAAGAUUGUAUUAUGGAACGUGGCAUUUUAUAUCUCCACUGUCCGCAUAUUUCAUUCUAUUUUCCGUUUGGCAUUCUGUAGUCAAAGCGACGCAUAGAAAAGCAGGAUGCAGUGUGCACGAGAAGGGCCUGACCCCAUCUGUACUGUUUAUCCGUACAUGUAAUGCUAGAGAUUUAAAGGACCUGACCCCAAUAUCGGUCA